CCCAAUUACUCACGCACAAGUAGUGAUCGGGUGUCGGAGAUUUGAUCAUUCGCGAUCGACACAGGUCUAACUUGUACCUACAAUUGUACAUUUGAAAUUUUGAAUUGGAUCACCUUGUGUUUUGACGGUGGUUUAUUAGUGUUAGACUUGUCCUGACUCCUGUGAGCCUCACGUCGCCGUCGUUCACUUCAAUAGUUUAUGAAAUAAAAAUACCAGAAGUUAAUCACAAGACAGAAGAGUGUUGUAAAGUUUCUUUAAUUGACAUUAGACAGUAAAGUGAACAGUAUGGCAACAAAGAAGUUUGAGUUUUCAGUACAACAGGAACCAUCUGAACCCGUUUUCCUUGGGAAUAUUUUCUAUUCUAAAUAUAAAAAGGCCCUUUUCCUACAAGACAAGGAAAAUGUGCAACAAAUCCUGCGUCAGGGCCACGAGCUGAGGAUCAUGUUGAAGGAGCUGGAGCCAGGCCAGACAGUGGCCGUCAGUUCCAUGAUGAUCACAGAAGAAUGUCCGCUGUUAGUUAAGAAGACCGAACCAAAUGUACCAGUCGAUUGCUUCUACUUCACUGCCAAUCGGCUCAGCGGCUUAGUCGCAGCAUAUGCAUUCGAUAACCGCGACUUGUUUCCCGAUCUAGAGUCUCCGGAGGCGAAUGCUUUGGGGUUAAAGUGGGAUAAUAAAGACGAGAACAAAUGCAGACUCUACCUGGCAGCAGUUUCUGGGAGCGAGCAUUUCGAAAGUCAGUUCGCUUACUGGCCACUUAUCUGUGCCUUGAGGAAGUUUCAGUUGAAAAAAAUUACAGUCGAUCCAGUUUUGAAGAUGGCCAAAAUUAAGAACUGCAGUGGCUCGCGCAUGGCUCACGCACUGAUGCAGAACUCGAGCUUUGUGAGAGACUUGUGGUGCUUGUUCCCGAACUCGUCGCCCGCCGACAUUAAGCUCGUGUUGAGCAGUGCGCCGCCAAAAAUGAAGUCGCUAUUUUCGAAUGCGGAAUGAUCUUGAGUUUAUUUUUUUAAAUGGCUAUAUAUUUUUUGUGAGAUUACCUAAUUUUAUCAUAAUUAAUAUUAAUUUGUGCGUUAUGUAAACAAUUAGGUACUCGUGUGUUAUUGUCAUUAAAUAAUUGUAUUUCUUUUUAAUGACUAUUAAAUUACUACAAUAUAAUGGAAUAA